AUGGUUAAGUCUGGGGGUAUCUGCCCUGCUGCAGGUCCCUGGAAGGCAGCUUGCAGCAUCACAGACAUUCACAGGAUGCCUUAUUUUCCAAGACUCAUUUUGUUCUUGUUUUGCUUGAUGGUUCUUGUGGAGAGCAGAAAGCCCAAGAGGAGGAGAGGGUCAGGGCCGCUGGAAACCAAGCCAAGUCACCUGUAUAAGAAGAACCCCGAUAUGACCAAAAUCCGACAUGGAAAACCUCAGCCGCUUCUCAGAGUGGAUGACCACGAUUUCACCAUGAGGCCUGCCUUUGGAGGCCCUGCCAUCCCAGUGGGCGUGGACGUGCAGGUGGAGAGCCUGGACAGCAUCUCCGAGGUGGACAUGGACUUCACCAUGACCUUGUACCUGCGGCAUUACUGGAAGGAUGAGCGGCUGGCUUUCCCCAGCGCCAGCAACAAGAGCAUGACCUUCGACGGCCGGCUGGUGAAGAAGAUCUGGGUCCCUGAUGUGUUCUUUGUUCACUCCAAAAGGUCGUUCAUCCAUGACACCACCACAGACAACAUCAUGCUGAGAGUGUUCCCUGAUGGGCAGGUGCUGUAUAGCAUGAGGAUUACGGUCACUGCCAUGUGCAACAUGGAUUUCAGCCACUUUCCCCUGGAUUCUCAGACCUGUUCUUUGGAGCUGGAAAGCUAUGCAUAUACAGAUGAAGAUCUGAUGCUGUAUUGGAAGAAUGGGGACGAAUCCCUGAAAACGGAUGAAAAGAUCUCCCUAUCUCAGUUUCUGAUUCAGAAAUUCCACACCACUUCCAGACUGGCCUUCUACAGCAGCACAGGCUGGUACAACCGUCUGUACAUCAACUUCACGUUGCGUCGCCACAUCUUCUUCUUCUUGCUCCAAACCUACUUUCCCGCCACUCUGAUGGUCAUGCUGUCCUGGGUGUCCUUCUGGAUCGACCGCAGAGCCGUGCCCGCCAGAGUCUCACUGGGGAUCACCACGGUGCUGACCAUGUCCACCAUCAUCACGGGCGUGAACGCCUCCAUGCCCCGCGUGUCCUACAUCAAGGCCGUGGACAUCUACCUCUGGGUCAGCUUCGUGUUCGUGUUCCUCUCGGUGCUGGAGUACGCGGCCGUCAACUACCUGACCACCGUGCAGGAGCGGAAGGAGCGGAAGCUGCAGGAGAAGUUCCCAUGCAUGUGUGGAAUGCUUCACUCAAGAACCAUGAUGCUAGAUGGAAGUUACAGUGAGUCCGAGGCCAACAGCCUAGCUGGGUACCCGAGAAGCCAUAUUCUGCCAGAAGAAGAAAGACAAGACAAAAUAGUGGUCCACCUAGCCCUGAGCAAUGAAUCCAGCUCCUCCAGGAAGAAGGGGCUUCUGAAGGGCCAGGUGGGUCUUCGCAUCUUCCAGAACACCCACGCCAUCGACAAAUACUCCCGGUUGAUAUUCCCAGCUUCCUACAUAUUUUUCAACUUGAUUUAUUGGUCAGUGUUUGCCUAG